ACAACAACAACAACAACGAUAUCGUCGAAUAAUAAUAAAGCACCAUAUUAUUAUGGAGAAUUGAUUAAGAAAGAAUCGAAUAAUAAUACAAAACAAUCACAAUUUAAUAGGAAUCCACAAUUGAUUAAUAAUCGUAACAACAAUUAUUCUUAUGGUCAACCAUUAUCAUCAUCAUCAUCAAAUAUUAUUGUACAUGAAAAUUUUAUGACAACAACAACAACAACAACAACAAUUACAAAUAGUGGUAGCCCGAAUGAUUUGACCAAUACAAUUAUAACAGCAGCACGAUCAACAACGGGUAAUGACAAUUAUAAUAAUUUUUCUACUACCACCACGACAACGGCUACGACAAAUAAUUUGAAUUCAAAUAUCGUGUCCAUAAUCAACAACAGUAACAAUUUACCAUUUACGAAUCAUAAUUCAAAUUCAAAUUCAAAUAAUGUUGUUGACAAUCUGGCAGCAAACAAAUCACAGCUACGAACACAGCCGCCACUAUCAUCAUCAUCCACAACGUCUUCUUCUUCAUUAGCUGAACAACAGCAACAAGUUUCAAGUAUAACUCCUACUACUACGAACACCACUUCAACUUUUACUCAACAACAACAACAACGGCAUUCAUCUUUGGCCUAUCCACCACCAUCAAAUGUUCAAAGUACAACAAAUGCUGGUGGUGGUGGUGAUGAUGAUGAUGAUGAUGAUGAACGAAUAAUAGUGGUGGCAACAACUUCAACAUCGAUAACAACGUCGGCUUUAUCAUCAUCAUCAAUAACAACAACAACAACAACAACAGUGAUAGAAUCUUCGUCAUCACCGCCAAUACAAUCAUUAUCAUCAUCAUUGAUUAAUCAUCAACAGAAUAUUCCAUAUCAUCAUUUAUAUAAUUAUUAUCAGAAUCAUUCAUCAUCAUCAUCAUCAUCACCAUAUGGUAUUACAACAGGAUUACAUCAACAACAGCCACAACGUUUUCAUAAGAAUCCAUAUACAAAUACAAUUAGUUCAUUUGCUAAUCCAUUAUUAUCAUUAGAUGUUGUUGAUAUACGUAAUGGUACAGAAAGUUUACCACGUGCAUUUCAACCACCAUAUUCAUCGAAUAAUAAUAAAAAAUCAUUAACAUUAAAACAAAGUAUUUAUCAACGAUCAUUAUCAAUAUUUACAAAUGGAGUUAGUCCAUUAUUACGGAAAAAGAAAUCAAAAUCAAAUCAACAGAAUCAACGUAUUCCACAACAUUUAGAUUAUCGUUUUGGUGAUAAUAAAAAUUUUCGUCAAAAACAACAACUUUAUCAACAUCAUCAUACAUUAUCAUCAUCAACAUUAGGUUUAUCACAAUUGCGACGUAAAUCUGAACCUAUUAUGUUUAGCUACGAUUCAAUUACAAAUGAAUUAUCAAAAUUUCAAGCUCGUGAAGAGAAAAUUGUUAAAAAUAUUAAUCUUGAUUUUGAAAAAAUGUUAAUGAAUGAUACUAAUGGUGAAUAUUCAGGUUCAACAUCAAGUAAUACAGGCAUUGUUGUCGGUACUGGUGGUGGUGGCUGUAAUCAAUUUAUCGAUCAAUCAACAUCAUCAUCAUUACGUCGAUUAGCUCAACAACAACAGCAGCAACAACAAUUCGGUGGUAAUCUAAAAGAUGAUUUUGAUCAUUAUGGUAAAACAAUGAUUUCUGCAGCCGGUACAAAUCAAUUACAACAUCAUCCACAACUUUCAUAUAAAGAACCAUUCUAUAUGGUUUAUGAAGAUAAUCGUACACAUCAUAAUGAUGAUAAUAUAUAUGAAGAAAUUGAUUUUCUAACAUUAUCAUCAUUACGUGCACAAUAUGCUGAUACAUUAAGUUUACAAAGUUAUAAGAAAAAAGGUGGUAGUAAACGUUCAUUAGCAUCAUCAAGUUUUACACGUUGGUUUUCGACCAGGAAAAAAAAUUCACCAUCAAUGUCUGAAGAUGAGAAUCCAUAUAUUGAUAUUAAAUUAUCGAAAAAACAACGACCACCAAUACAAUUGCCAGAAAUACCUGGUGAAUUGAGUAAAGAACAGCUAAAACGUCGUUAUAUAAUUGGAUCAAUAGUGGAUUCUGAAAAUUCCUACAUAAAUUCAUUACAACGUAUUAUAAAUCUAUAUAAAAAACCAUUAGAAGAAUCUAGCCCAUCGAUAUUGAGUCAGAAUAAGAUAAACAUAAUAUUUCAUCGUUUGGAACAGAUUCUACAAUGUCAUACAAUAUUUGGUAUAGCCUUAAGUCAAUGUGUUCGUGAAUGGGAUGAAAAAGAACAGAUUGGUGAUGUAUUUAUUGCAUCAUUCUCUAAAUCAAUGGUAUUAGAUAUUUAUUCAGAUUUUAUUAAUAAUUUUACCAAUGCAAUGGAAACAGCACGUAAAGCGGCUAAAUCAAAAUCAUCAUUUGCACAAUUUUUACAAGAAAAAUCACUUUCUAGUCCUGAUCGUCUUAGUUUUUUUGGUUUAAUGGUAAAACCAGUACAAAGAUUUCCACAAUUUAUAUUAUUAUUAAGUGAUCUACUUAAACAUACACCAUCUGAUCAUCAUGAUCGUAUGUCAUUACAAUUGGCAUUAACACAAUUAGAAUCAUUGGCUGAUCGCCUCAAUGAACGUAAACGUGAUGCUGAACGACAUUUUGCUGUUAAACAAUUAUUAAAAGAUUAUCUAAGUAGUUCAACAACAAAUUCAUCAAAUCGUUUUCUAUUACGUCAAGAUGAUAUUUAUCAAUUAGAAUUGGAUACAAGUUCUGGUUUGGUGAUGAAAACUAAAUGUCGUAAAUUAUAUCUAUUGAAUGAUAUGCUUGUUUGUGUAAGUGUUCCAGCAAAUCGUCUUAAAUAUGCUGUUUCAUUACAAGAUGUUGAUGUUAUGGAUGAUGUUACACCGGCAACAAACAAUUUGAUUGCAAAUUCAAUGCUCAAAAGUAAAGAUCCAGCAACGGCAAAUUCAUCACCAAAACAUUGUACGGUUGAAAGAAUGUAUUGUGAUUUAAAUAGUUUAAUACAUGAUCUUGAAGUCAUUAGUCGUGUAUCGAAUCUAUUAACAUCACUUCGUUAUCAAUAUCAAGGUAUAUCCGUGGAACUAGUCGAACAGAUUGGUACGGAAAUUCGUGAAGAAAUACGUAAAAAAGAUGCACAAAUUACAUUGAUUGAUCGAUCAUGUUUACAGAUACGAAUACGUUCGAAAAAUUAUAAAGAUAUUAUCUGUAUACAGAUGAAUGAUCCAGAAACGAAAAAAGAUUGGCUUACCGAUGUACGGCUUGCAAAAUUAGCAUUAGAUCGAUCUAAUAAUCCAGCAUGGGAUAUUGUUAAUGAAACAAUAUCAACAACCAGAACAAAUCUAUCGAAUUCAAUCAUUAUGCAUCGUGUACCAUUGUUCGUCAAAUCAUUACCAAUAUUUGCAACAACUGAACAUAGUAUGCUUACAUGUGCAUUACAUUAUCGUAUCCAUCGUCGUGAUGAUCUUGUAUUGGAAAAUAAUUCUGGUGUUCUAUGGAUAUGUAAUGUUAAUGAAAAUGGUUCACAAUUAGGUGCAUUAGCAACGAAUGGUACCGAUAUUAGUUUAAUACAUUCAUAUGAAUUAUGUGAUUCACAUGUUACCUGUAUUGAAUCGGUUGGUUCAUAUGCUGUUUGGAUUGGUUUAAGACAAGGACGUAUCAUUGUGAUUGAUGCCAGUUCACCUGGAGAAUGGCAACAAUUUGCUGCAUUAGAUGUAUCGGCUGAAGUAACCUGUAUCAGAUAUUUUAUUAAUUUUGUUUAUGUUGGGCUAAUCACUGGUGUUGUUGCCUUGUUCAAUGCUACUCAUUAUGAAGAACCAAUAAUCAUAUCAUUAUCAACUGCUCACCCAGUCACAUGUUUACUACCGGUCAAUAAAGAAAUGUUUGCAUGUUGUGGUGAAAAAAUCUGGAUCAUCAAUAAUGCCCAAUUGGAUCGUAGUUAUUAUUUGCAUAAUAAUAAAAAUAGUCCAGGUAGUGAUCAAUUAUCACCAGGUGAUCCUUCUACAGCCAAAGUUCAACAUUUUCCCGAUGAAGAUCUGAAACCUAAUCUUCUUGCACAUUGUGGUAUUGGUCUUUGGGUUAGUCUGGUGAAUUCAUCGAUCAUCAAAUUAUAUCAUACGGAAACAUUUAAACAUCUACAAGAUGUUAAUGUUGCAUCGAAUGUUAAACGAAUACUAAAUGAAAUGGUUGAUCCAAAUGGAAUUUUUGUCACAGCCAUGUUGGCCACACGUGGUCUAUUGUGGAUCGGAACAAAUGUUGGUGUGAUUGUAACAUUGAAUUUACCUCGUCUACAAGGUGUACCUUUGAUAUCUGGCUGUUUGAAUGUCGCUUUACAUCGUCAUACUGGACCAGUUACAAUAUUGCUCAAUCUAACAAAUACUCAAAGUGAAAUUCCUGUACAUCCAAAUAAUUCAACAAUGGAUAAAACAAAAUCAAUGGAAGAAAUUGAAAAAGAAGAAAUGAUGAUGAUGAUGAAAAAUGAAGAUGUUGAAUCAAUUUAUGGUCUUUAUUCAGAUCUAAUGAAUGUUGAAAAUUAUGUUCGUGUUGGUCAUGAUCCACAUCAUCAUAGACAUCAUCAUCAUGAUUUAGGAAAUGUAACAAAUAGUGGCCAUCAUAUGGCCGUAUCGAAAAUGACCUGGGAUCUAGCCAAUAUCAAUCUUUCAGAUGAUUCUACAUCGGAAAGUGCUAUCUAUCAAGAUGGAUUGAUAUUACGAAAGAAACCAACAUCAACAGCUAAUUUAAUGAAUCUAAAUAAACGUCGAACAUUAGGUAAUGAACAUUUGGGCAAUAGUAGUGGUGGUGGUGUUGGCGGUGGUAUGACAUCAGCUGGUAGUCAACGAGAGAUAAGCAGUGCUGGCAAUUAUCCAAUAUCAUCAGCAACGAAUAAUCAAUUAAGUCCAGCUAAAAGUCAAAAUAGUAUUUAUGAUUCAUCCAUUGGUGGUAAUGAUAAAAGUUUAAUUGAAAAAGAAAAUGUUUCCUCAUCAUCGGGUAUUGGUGCAAGUAGUAGCCUUUAUGAUAUAGCACCAUUUAAAGGACAGAAAUUACAAACAACAUCAACAACAAUAGAUCAACAACCGGGAUCAUCAUCAUCAAGUGGUGGUGGUGGCGGUGGUGGUAAUAAAUAUAAUAAUCAUCCAUUAGUAUCAGCUGCUAAUAAUCAACAAUCAGCAAGACAUUAUGAAACUACAACCGGAUCAUCAUCAUCAUCAUCAUCGAAUAAUAAAACAGCAUUAUUAAUGACCGGAGGAAAUGGAUAUAAACGUGUAUCAUUGAAUGAAACAACCUAUUCAAGUCAACAUGCACAUUGUUGUAUUUGGGAAUAUAAACUUUGACUAAAACCAAAGAAUUCAAAGCUUUCAUCGUGCAUUUGAAUGAUAUCAACUCAAGGAAAAAAAAUUUGUCAGUAUUUAUUAUUAUAUAAACAAUUUGAAAAACAAACGCAUUACGAAUCCUACGCUUUUUUGCAAAAAAAAAACAACUGAAAAUAAAAACACGUGGCAACUCAAAAAAAAAAAUUGGUCUCGACAAUCAAACGAAACCAAACGAUGUGGAAAUAUAUGAUUUGAACUCUUUUUUUUUACUAAAUUUUUUUUCGAUUGAUUGAUUAAUUAAUUAAUUAAUUACAAUACAAUGAA